CACUGAAAGGCAGCACUCAUACAUGGCACUGAUAGGCGGCACUGACUGGCACUGAUAGGCGGCAUUGACUGGCACUGAUAGGUGGUACUGACUGGCACUGUUAGGCGGCACUGAUAGGCAGCAUUGACGGGCACUGAUAGGCGGGGCUGAUGUACACUGAUAGGCGGCACUGACUGGCACUGAUAGGUGGCACUGAUUGGCAGAACUGAUAGGUGGCAUUGAUAUGUGGCACUGACUGGCACUGGUGGGUGACACUGAAAGGCAGCUCAGAUGGGCACUGAUAUGUGGCUUUGAUGGGACAUGUACACUGAUCAUCAGGGCACUUAUGAUCAGUGCCCCGAUGAUCAGUGUAGCCCCAUCAGUGCCACCUGUCAGUGUCUAUCAAUUCCACUUGUCAGUGCCCAUCAAUGCCACCUGCCCGUGCCCAUCAGUGCCACAUAUCAGUGUCGAUUUUAGCUGCCUUUCAGUACCAACUAUCAAUGCCAGUCAGUGCUGCCUAUCAGUGCCAGUCAGUGCCACCUAUCAGUGCCCAUCAGUGUCACCUAACAGUGUCAGUCAGUGCCACAUAACAGUGCCAGUCAGUGCCGCCUAUGAGUGCCAGACAGUGCUGCCU